AUGGGUUUUCGUUUUGGGAAAAAUCUAAAUCGAGUUAUUGCGUGUGAAUUAUGGGACUUGUUUUCCUUGGAUGGGGUUUGGUCUCAAGACAAAUCUGACCCGGUAGUGCUGAUAAAGAAAGACGGCUUCUUUGCUAUGAUUGACGGCUACAAGAUCUGGUGGUGGUGUGUUGGUUCAUUGCUUUGUGGGAAGAUCCAGAAGGUGAAAAGUGUAUUGAGGUUACACCAACGUCCUAGAGCGCUUCAAUCUCCGAAGAGUUGUGCACCGGUUGUGGUAUCUGUGUUCAUAAAUGCCCGUUUAAAGCAAUUCAAAUCAUCAACUUGCCGAAGGCAUUGGACAAAGAAACAACACACCGUUACAGGCCUAACCAUUUUUAAAGUACACAGGUUACCGGUCCCUUGGCCAGGGGAAGUUCUUGGUUUGGUUGGCAUUGGGAAGUCAACUGCCCUAAAAAAUUUGUCGGGCAGUUCGAAACCAAAUUUGGGUCAUUUCAAUAAUCCUCCAGAUUGGCAAGAAAUCUUGACGUACUUUCGAGAAUCAGAGCUGCAAAGUUAUUUUAUUCGUCUCUUGCAAGAAAUCUUGAUGUAGUUUCGUAGGAGACUACUUUAGUUUUUUCUUUUUUGUUCGGACAUCUUGUGUGUACAUUUUCAUAUAUUUUAUAAUUAAAUACUUUUGCUUGGUUAAUUAA